AUGGGCUGCUAUCAAAGCAAAUCGAAAUCAGAUAAUUCAAAAAUUGUCACAGUAAAAGACCUGAAAGUCCAAAAAAGUGCUUUUGUUCAGCACAAUCCGAACCCUUUUCAAGAAAUCUACUCAAUAGGCCGCAGUAUAGGCACCGGCGCUUUUGGAGAAGUUCGGCGAGUAGUACAUCGCCACGCAAAUGCGACAAGAGCUGCAAAAAUAUUCCGAAAAGAUCUUGCGAAAACAGAAGAAGCCAAACAAAAAUUAAAUCUCGAAAUAGACAUCCUUAAAAGUCUUGAUCAUCCAAAUAUUAUUCGAAUUUAUGAAUUCUUUGAAGACCCGAAGCGUUUUUUAUACCAUUUUAAGGUAAAUUUACUAUAUAAUUUGCUAUGAAUGAUAAUUUACCAUAAAUGGUAUAUAUAGUUAUGGAGCAUUGCAACGGUGGCGAACUAUUUGAAGAGAUCCUUAAGCGACAAUCUUUUGGAGAAGUCCAUGCAGCACAGAUAGUCCAACAAAUCUUAUCAGCAGUUGCAUAUUUACAUGACCGUGGAAUAGUUCAUAGAGAUUUGAAACCAGAAAAUAUCUUGCUUGAGGAACGAGGGGAUAUUUUGAAUAUCAAGCUGAUUGAUUUUGGUACUGCUGUUUUUUUAGAAAAAAAUAAAACAAUUAGAGGUGCUCUGGGAACUGCUUAUUAUAUAGCUCCUGAAGUGCUGACGGGAUAUUAUAACGAAAAGUGUGAUAUGUGGAGUAUUGGGGUAAUUAUUUAUAUUUUAUUAUUCUUUUUAUAUUGUAAUAUAUUAUAGUUAAAUUAGUCUCUUAAGACUUUAUUUAUUCUAUCUUUCCUAUAAAAUAAAGAUAAUUGCUAAUUAAUGAAGGUAAGAAAUUAUUUUCAUACACAAUAAAUGCUAUUCGCAUAUAAAUAUUUAUUUUUUAGUAAAUUUAUUAAAAAUCAAAUAUCCGGUGUUCCUCCAUUUGACGGAAAAACCGAUGACGAUAUCAUCGAAAAAGUCAAAAAAGGGAACUACUCCUUUGCUGGUGCAGCAUGAAGAAACAUUUCAAGAGAAGCCAAAGACUUAAUCUCUUCCCUUCUAUGCCCCCCAGCAAAUCGUCUUACUGCACCAGCUGCUUUACUCCACCCAUGAAUCGCCGCAAACGCUUCACGCUCCCUUCCCAGCGUCCAAGUAAUGCAAUCUGCAUUAUCUAACCUGAAAGGUUUCCACAAUAACAACAAGCUAAGAGACGCAGUCCAAACCUUCAUAGCAACCCAGUGCAUUUCUCAGCAAGAUACAAAAGACAUGAGAGAAGCCUUCCGCGCUAUGGACACCAAUGGGGAUGGGAAAUUAAGCAAAGAAGAGCUGCUAGCCCAAUAUGUAAGAACCAUGGGUCCUGAAAUGGCUGAGGUUGAAGUCAAUAGGAUUAUGGCAGAGGCUGAUUCUGAUAAUAAUGGCUUUAUUGAUUAUACAGAAUUUUUAAAGGCAACGCUAGAUUUGAAAACUGCAAUGUCUGCAGAAAAUUUAAAGGUUGCCUUUGAUGUGUUUGAUAAAGAUGGAAGUGGAAAAAUAUCGACACUGGAACUGAAGAGGAUUUUGGAAGGAGGAGCGCAGACUGAAAAAAGCUUGUGGAAUAUGAUUGUGAAUGAAGUCGAUUUGAAUGGGGAUGGAGAAAUUGAUUUUUCUGAGUUCCAGAAUAUUAUUCUUAAUCGAUCUAUAUAAAUUUUGGAAAAUUUGCCUUCAUAUUUGAUCAAAUUAUUUUUAUAUAUAUUGUGAUUUUUAUAUAAUAAAAUCGUUAGAUUAGUUAACAGUUAUGAAAAAUAAUAGUGGGUUUGAGCCGAAAAAAAAAUUUACUGCAAUUUAUUAAUAAUCUGCAAAAUUGGCUUUAAAACAAUUGAAUUAAUAUAUCUCAUUUUAUAAAUUAUGCUUUUCAGAAUUUCUUUUGGCACUAACUUGAUCGAGUUUCUCAUCAUUUGGCCCAGGACGGGAGAAGAGUUAGUAAACUUUAA